AUGACACCUAUGAAAGUUUGUAAUAUGAGCCUAGCAAAAAGAAAAAUGGUUAGAAUCAUGAUACAGAUGAAGAAAGAACUCACAGCUAUAUAUGAGAGUGGUAAACGAGUGUCAGCUUUUGUUACAGAGUUUGAUUCAACUGGUCUCAGUCAAUCGAGUGUAUCAAGAAUAAUAACUGGAGUGACGGAAGCUCUCUACAGAAAAGGACUAGCAGAAAUAAAAAUGCCAACAGAGAUGAAUGAAAUUAUACAAACUAAGUUAAAAUUUAAUAAUAUAAGUAGGUUUCCCAAUGUAAUUGGAGCAAUCGAUUGUACCCAUGUCCCCAUUAAAGCUCCAAAAGUUGAAGAAAACAUAUAUGUAAAUAGAAAACAAUAUCACUCUUUGAACAUUCAAGUUGUGUCAAAUCCUGAUAAUGUAAUCAUGGAUUUCUGUGCAAGAUACCCUGGAAGCACUCAUGAUGCUUUCAUAUGGGCUAACAGCAGACUCCAUAUCAGAUUUGAAGCAGGAGAAUUUGGCAUUGCCUAUUUGCUAGGUGACAGUGGCUAUCCCUUGCAACACAACUUACUUACACCCUUCACAAACCCUGAAAACCCUCCAGAAGAGCUGUAUAACAGGAGCCAUGCAAGAACAAGAGUGGUAAUCGAGAAAACUUUUGGCGUGUUAAAAUCUCGGUUUAGGUGUCUCCACAGUUCUGGUGGUAGUCUUCAAUAUGAAACAGAUAAAUGUGCAAAGAUUUCAGUUGCAUUUAUGUUAUUGCACAAUUAUUGCAUUGAGCAAAGAAUACCUCUUGAAGAGAUCAUUGAUGGUGACUUUAUAAUGAAUGAAAAUGUUGAAGGUGGAGCACAUGAGAAUGGGCACACACAAAGAAGGGAAGUAGUAAGGAAUAAUUUCUCAUAA